AUGAUCCCCAUUCUCGGAGUGCUGCUGUAUCUAGGUCUUACUGAGGAACAAAGGACUGCAGUACUAGCAGGACCCCUCACAAAACCCAUCAUCUGGGCUGAGCCAGGAUCUGUGAUUGCCAAAAAUACAUCUGUGAAUAUUUGGUGUCAGGGGUCCUGGGAGGCCAAGGAGUACCUUCUGUAUAAAGAGGGAAGUGUAGAUCCUUGGGACAGAAAGAUCCCUAUGGAAACCAGAAACAAGACCAUGUUCUACAUUGAACACAUGGAAACCAUCUAUACAGGGUUAUAUAAGUGUUACUAUAAUAGCUCUGCUGGCUUGUCAGACUAUAGUAGCACUCUGGAGCUGACAAUAACAGGAGCCUACAAAAAACCCAGCCUGUCAGUCUGGCCUCAUUUUGCUGUGACCUCUGGAGAGCAUAUUAUCAUGCAGUGUAGCUCAUUACUGGGAUUUGGCAGAUUCAUUCUGAUCCAGGAAGGAAAAUCUGACCUCUCAUGGACCAUGGACUCACAGAAAUAUGUAAAUCAGUCAUUCCAGUCUCUUUUCCUUCUGGGCUCUGUGACUCCCAAACACAAUGGAACAUUCAGAUGUUAUGGCUACUUUAAGAACCUGCCACAAGUGUGGUCAAAAUCAAGUGACCCUCUUGACCUCCUGGUAUCAGAAUCCAAGAAUAAAGUCCCCAACCUCACUGAAAAUGAAGCCCCAGCCCUACAGCACCAAACUCACACAGUUGAAGAUCUCACACGGAUGGCAAUGGCUGCCUUGGUUCUAGUGAUUCUAGUGAUUGUGCUGUUAGAGGCUUGGUUCAGCAAGAGAGUGGAACAAGAUGCAACCAGGAAAUAA